ACUGUACGGUUACUCAUUUUGCCGAUGUAGAGUUAUUAUUAACAAUUCACGAUUUAAGUUGUUUUCUAAAAACCAGAUUAAUAGAAGUAAUUCUAGUACUUUGCGUAGUUCUGUUUACUACAAGCUUACUCCUCCAAUAAAUCAGAAAGUUCGAAUACUUCCAAAAAAUUUAACUUAUCAUCUGAACUUUAGAAACAGUAGUACACAAGUCAUGGGUGCUCUGAGUCCAUUGGAUCCAUCAUCAUUUUCGCGUCCAGAAUUAGCUAUAAUCAGGCAUGUGUCACUAUUGUUGAAUGUUGAUUUUGAAAGUAAAGUUUUAAAUGGAGUUGCUGUAUUAAAUUUUGAUGUAUUAGAAGAUGUAGGAGAAUUGGCACUAGAUAUAAGUAAUCUAAGUAUAGAGUCUGUUGAAUUAGAAAAUGGCACCAAAUUGAAUUUUGAUGUUGGCGACACAGUGCCUAAUUUUGGAUCUAAGUUGACUAUCACUUUGCCUAAGCAAGCCCUAGUUGGAGAAAAAUUAAAAGUAAGGAUCAAAUAUGCCACAUCACCAACAGCUUCUGCAUUACAAUGGUUAGAUCCUAAUCAGACAUCAGGAAAAAAACACCCAUAUCUUUUCAGCCAGUGUCAACCAAUCCAUGCUCGUUCAAUAAUACCAUGCCAAGAUUCACCGGCGGUUAAAUUCACUUACGACGCGGAGGUGACAGCACCCGAGGAAUUCACUGUGCUUAUGAGCGCUCUGAGAGGUGAUGUCAGGAGUAACAAGACGUCCUUCCGUCAGCCAAUACCUAUUCCAUCCUACUUACUCGCUAUAGCUGUUGGAGUUUUGGAGCAAAGGUCUUUGGGGCCUAGAUCAUUAGUGUGGUCAGAAAAGGAAGAAAUAGAACGGAGCGCUUGGGAAUUCGCUGAAACUGAAAAGUAUUUGCAAGCAGCCGAGAAUCUGUGCGGACCGUACGUGUGGACACAGUACGAUUUACUAGUGCUGCCGCCUUCUUUCCCGUACGGCGGUAUGGAGAACCCGUGUCUCACUUUCGUCACGCCAACAUUACUGGCAGGCGAUAGGAGUCAAGCCGACGUAAUAGUUCACGAGAUUAUGCACAGCUGGACUGGCAACCUCGUCACCAACAAGAACUUCGAGCAUUUCUGGUUGAACGAAGGCUUCACCGUGUUUCUAGAGAGGAAAGUAGCGGCGUCCCUCAUCAGCGAUCCAGCGGAAGCGAAGAAGAGCAGAGACUUCCACAGUCUGCUCGGUCUACAGGAGCUGAGUGAAGCAGUACACCAAGAGUUAGGUGUCGAAAACCAGCUGACACGACUAGUAGUCGACUUGAAGAACUGUGUACAUCCCGAUGAUGCUUUUUCCACUGUGCCAUAUGAGAAGGGCUCGCUAUUUCUGAGGUACUUGGAGGAUUUACUGGGUGGACCCGGGGUGUUUGACGAUUUCAUGCGAUCGUAUCUAAAUCAGUUCAAGCAGAAAUCUCUCGACACAGACCAGUUUAAGGCGUACCUCCUUAAUUAUUUCAAAGACAAUGAACAACUCAAGAGCGUUGAUUGGAACGCAUGGCUUUAUACCAGUGGCAUGCCCCCAGUUAUACCACAGUACGACACCUCUAUGACUAAAUCUGUGACGUCACUCCUCGAAAAAAUAUCGCAGAGCAACGUUAACAUAUCAUCGGCUGAUGUACGCGCGUUCACGCCACAUCAGCUGAUACAUUUCCUGCAAGAGUUACUGGAACGUCAACCGUUGCCACUGGACACUCUACGCUUAUUAGGCAGAGAGUACGGAUUGGAAACUAACACUAACUCUGAAAUAGUGUACAGGUGGCUGAGGUUAUGCAUCAGAAGCAGAGACCACGAAAAGUUGAGCAACGCAUUCGAUUUCGUUAACCAUCAGGGUCGUAUGAAGUACGUGCGACCUAUAUACCGUGACCUCUACGCGUGGGAGGAGGUCCGCGACCGUGCCAUAGACAAUUUCCUCAAAAACGAACAAUACAUGAUGCACGUGUCUGCGUAUACACUGAGGAAAGACUUGCAUCUUGAUGAUUAAUUCCGUCCAAUCUAUGUUUGUUAAUGAUAUGUACUCUCGUACGGUUUUAAUCUAAAGAGCUCUAUACAAAAAGUAUUUUAUCAAGAUGACAUAUUACAGACAUGGCUGUAUAAUAUGUCUCAUUUCUUUUUUUUUAAAUAGGGGUAAUUUUAUAAAUAUUUGCAUUUAGUAAUAGCCUAUGAGCUAUGAGUUAAAGUGAAUGGUACGGGAGUACAGAUAACAAUAAAUCAAUAAUAACUAUAAAUGUAUAUAAUCAUACCUGCGAAGUAUGUUUGACAUGAUUUUUAAAUGUAUCUACUAUAUGUCAAUAAUUAAUU